AGAAGGACUACCGUUAGGCUACUAGUGUACCCGGUGUGGGAUGGUUAGUUGAAUCCCAAUAGUCAUCGAUGGGUAGCCUGAGAUUUCUUGUAGACUAGACUGCGGGGACUUUCCAAAUGUAGGUAACUAACUCCUCCCUGUGUAGCUCAACGCGCUGCUCCGAGUCGGUUGAUUUCUUCAGAAGAUUCUCUUCGCUACAUGUCGGAUGAAAGAUAAUGAUGAAGACUCUUUGUCUGUAUCAGCUUGUGGCCAUACUGGCCACUGUGGGCAUGGUGAAACUUGUUGAGCCCCCUGACAACGUGUCGAUCUUCUGUCAGAAUGGCACAAACAUUGCCUACUGGAACCACUCUGGACCUGAUUUGUACUUGGUAACAAUCAAAAGUUACAACGAUGGCGAGACACGUUUUCAGGGCCGCAUAUCACAUCGCCAUAUUGACAUGUCCUCUGUAACACCACCCGAAAAUGAUGUAUACAUUCUCGACUUGGUGGCGAUGGAUGGAUCCAACAUUUCAGAUAGAGUUGAAGUAACAUUCGGCUAUAGCAGCGAUCUUCACUCUGAUGUCACCUGUUUCAUGGACUUCCCAACUGUAAAUAUUACUGCUGAGACUGAUCGGAUCAUGUUUUCUUUUGACAAUCCCCUUGAGGUUGUUGAUGAUGAUUCUAAUUAUAGUAAUGAUGGCUAUGACGGUUACAUUGAGCAGAAUGCCACUGGCGAGUAUUUAAACGAAGAUGGGAAGUUUUACUACACGGUGUACACCACUCAUGAUGAGAAACGGCUUGACUUUGAGUGCCCCCUGGAGGCUGUUGUGUGCUAUGGCGAGUUGCUGUUCAGAAACUGCACCAUUCUGGAGCUUGAGGGAAAUAUUGAUGGUGUUCGCUAUAAAUACUCUAAGGACAUAUGCAACAUCGUUCCUGAAAAGGGUUCAUGGCCCAUCUAUCUUAUUUUGGUCAUCAGCAUCAUAGUCCCGGUGUCGCUGGUGUUCAUUAUCCUCUGUACACGGAAAUUGACUAUCAAGACUUUCUUAUCAGCCCAUAUGCCCGAUUCUUUAAAACCAAGUCAAGUACCAGGUGCCCCAGGCCUUCUGAAGCCAGAGUUUACCGUAUCUAGUUGCGCCCAGACAGGGAGCACUCCUCUGCUUCAGUCGCCCGUGGACUCCCCCGCAGAAAGCCCGACGAUCAUCCCACCUGACGGCUGCCCUGAGAAGACCCACUUCCGCAUCCCUGCUCGUGCCCCAUCCAGCGACGAUCAGCCCGAGGACGGUUACGAGGCCCGUCUCAAGGACGGCCUUGAGCCUGAGCCACAACCGCAGCGCGAGUGCUAUGAAGGCAGCGAUGAUGACGGCUACAUGCAGAGAGAGAGAAUCCCAGACACCUCGGAGAGCACUCACAGCUCUGUCAUCGACAUCGAGAUAGCCCCGGAGGACCAGGUCAGCGGUUAUGGACAUCGCUAGCUCCAGAGCAGAGCCUUGGUGACUCCCUCCUGUUGACGAGGUGACAUUACCACACUGUGGUAUCCUCUCAGGGCUGCCUUCGUUCUCAAGCUUCCAGUCCAAGUUGACUGUAUGUAAUCCAUCGGUUUUCUAGUUGAGUUUGUUACCUUCUGAAUCAGCCCUGUGAUGUGGACAGCACUCGGACGGAGGAGAUGAACUGUCAUGUGAACCCGGAGUGUUCUUCAAUCCCAUGUUACAUGUUUCAAUGCUGAUCGUCUUUCCCUGUUGUAAUGGAAACAUGGUAAAAGUAUUCAAUGAUUUGCACUUGAGUGAGUGAGAGACGGACAGGAGUGGCAUUGGUAGCUGGUCUUGUUUUUUUUUUUUUUUCAGAAUUUUACUGAAUGCCAAAGAGUCCCUUUUCCCUUGUCAAAAAAAUGGUUAUGAUCAUUUUUCUGUUGUUAAAUUUUUUUUAAAUGAUGUUGGCGUUUCUCUGUUGCAUUUUUCAUUAUGCUGUUUUAUAUUUUUGUGUAUUUUCUGUUUUAUUUGUACAUCAUGAUUCAUAUAAAGACCCUUCAUCAUGGUACCUACAUUUUGGCACAGUAGAGAUACAAGAAUGCAUUUCACCCUGAUUUCACAUUCAAUGUCUUAUGUAAAGCUUUCAGUUGCAUUGUGCAUGAAGUCAAGUUUAUUUAUAUAGCGCAUUUCAUACACAGAGGUCAUUCAAUGUGCUUCACAUAAACAAAAGCAAACUGGAAUAUCAAAUAAAAACAUAGAAAAACAUUGUUAGCAGAAGAAGUUGUUGUGAUUCCUCACUACUUUAAGAUGCCUAGAAGACACUGCAGUGUGAAAAACUGAUCAAGUGCAUCGCACAAUUGUCUUGGAUACCGUAAAAAAACGUGGGUUGCGUUUUUUUGUUUCCCCACAUGGAAAAAGAUGAGGCUACAGUUAUCUGCCAGGUGUGAUGGCACUACACACUAGCUGCAUAAUAAGCAAAUAAGGAAAGAUUUUUAGACCCUCAAUGCUAGUCUAUAUAAUGUUAUUCAUAAGCCUAACGUGAAGUAGGCUAAAACCUUUCUAUGCUGACUGCUGGGGGUUUACGUAGCUGACUGUAGCUAGCCUAACUUAUGGAACAUGGACUUGUUUAUGAGGGAGAGAGAAAGAGAGGGGCUUGCCUUUCAUUGGCACAUUUUUGCUCUAGUGGUAUAGCAUAAAUCAGGAUUAUACUUAAUACAAGAAAAUGUUUCACAGCAUAAACAGCAUAAUCGAUUCAAAGCAACUCUUUGCCUCAAACUUGAUGUUAUGUCUCUAUCUAUCACAACUACUUCUCCAGCUGGCUUGUCAUUGUUGGUAAUUGAUUUCACCUUUUUAAUAUAAGAAACUUUUAAAAGGAAAUCAUGAGAACAAUGUGUAAUAGAAUUGGUGAGUUUUGAAGUCUUCAAUAAUCCAUUUCCCUUAAACUAAGCAUUUACAUGAAGCACAUGAUAUAGGCGAUGCCAAUUGAAACACUUUCCACUCAGAUAGCUAGGUGGCUACCAGGUUCAUAAUUCAUUUUUAAUUGCAAACAGAAAAUAUCUAGCUAGCGCAUCAUUACAUGCUUCUAUUUCCACAGGAAUGAAAGUUGUUUAUACCAACUUAAUAUACUUAUCAUUGUGCUAUAUGCCUAAAUGUGGUACAAACAAUGUUAGAGUUUGUGGAAUAGCCAUAGGCUAUAUUUGAAUGGAGCUGGGAAAAUAUUAUGAAUACUGUGUAGACAAUGCUCUUAAAGUGACAGUGCACCAUUUGUAAAUCAGUAAAAAAAAAAACAGCAUCAAAUCGGUAGUAUUUCUUAAGAAAUGUAUAAAAUAAAAACAACCAUUUGAAUUUCA